AUGCAUGAGACCAAUGGAUCUAUCUACUACAUGUGGAACAUGGCUGACCUGCAUUUCAGCUAUGUCAUCGAUCUCGAGAAGAAGGUUGAGGAAUUGGCCUCAAAGCUUCGCACCGCCGAGGCUAGAAUAACGGCUUCACCGCUACCUACCAAGGGGCAAAUAGCCCAGCCAGCCACCCUGGUAGGGAAUGAAACAACACCAUGUUCCAUGCCACGAACAGGCUCCACUCCUCGGGAAAUAACAAAGGCAUCGGGGGACACAGAGCAAGAGGAAUCUGCCGAGAGUGCUGAUGACGAAAUCAAUGAAUUCAAUCACCACACCAACGCCAUUGAAUUCCACGGCAGCACAUCCUCAGCAGCUAUUAUCGGCCAUCUGCAAAAAUCCAGAGAUACCCAUGAGGAACAGUACCAUCGUCCAGCAGACUUCUCGCUAAUCUCGACAUUGCAUAAUCCAAGCUUCUCGCCCUCGUGCACCACUGGGCCAGGACAGUCGACAUCAACGUCAAUUGAACAUCAAAACUACUAUUUCGAACAGGCACAUAUUUUCAUGAAUGGAUACUUCGAGAAUAUCCAUUUCAUCCACCCAUUCAUUGACAAGGAAGCCUUUUUGGUUCGUGCCAAUGAUCUAUGGUUUAACCGGGAACAUACUCCAGAACCCAGUUUCGUGGCAUUAUAUCUCAGCGUUCUGUCAAUUGGGGCCCUUGUACGUGUUUGGGAUGAAGAUAAGCUCGCUGGCCUCGGCCGAUUUGAGUGGAGCCGAAAGUUGUUUAGCGAGGCCCAGGCAUAUUUGGUCUAUCUACGAUUUUCCAACGAUCUUGAAACUGUUCAAUGUCUUUAUAUGAUGGCAAAAAUUUGCCAAAAUGAACUCAACCCUAAUCUGGCCUAUAUGUACCUUGGUCUGGCAGUGCGUACAUGUCUCUCUGCUGGAUUUAAUCGAGAAGUGCGAUGUCCUAAAGACCAACGUUCGAGCUGGAUCUCGAAAACCUGGUGGGGCUUAUUUUCACUGGAAAUAGAAAUGAGCUUCUCUGUAGGACGACCUGAUACCCUCGGAAUGGACGAGUAUCAUAAUCGGGCCAUACCCCCCCGAGAUGACUCUGAAUACGCCAUUAUCCCCUGGAUGAUCGACUUCGCGCAAAUCAUCCGGCGAGUUUCUGUCCAGAUAUACCACUCCAGAAUAUCGCUGCAGGAGAAGCUUCAGUUAGCUCUUCAAAUCGAAAUGGAGAUGGACCGUUGGCUCGCACGUCUUCCCGAGAAGAUCAAACCAGACAUUGGUGCAUAUAGGUUGUCUCGAAGUGCCCUUCGCGAUCCGAAAUGGGCUCGACGUCAGCGGCUGGUACUGGGAAUCCGCUACUAUAAUGUGAAAAUGCUGCUAUUCCGGCCCUUCCUGAACCACUUCACUCGCAAACUCCGCCACCCACCCAGUGAACUUGAAGAAACCAUUACCAAAGGCCUGGAUUCAGCAAUGAAGACCAUUGAAGUGAUCCAUGAUAUCUACCGGGUUCACACAUUCUUCCGGUGCUGGUGGUACAAUACAACCUAUGUCAUGUUUGCUACUUCAACGCUGCUCCUCCCAAUGUCGAAGCUUGGCAUGUGCGCCGAUACCAUGCCGCUGCUUCGCUCCGUAGAAAUGGGUGUCGAGAUUUUAGAAGCCAUGGACGAGUCUAACCUCGGGACCUCAUACCCAGACAUCGGGGACUGGCUCGGGGGUGAGGCGCUGUCUGCAUCAACCGAGCCAGAGUCUAGUCAGUCUGGAUAUGAAUUUCCCGAGUGGGCCUAUGGUUUCGGCUUCCCGGAUUACUCUUUCGAAGGCAUUGCCCGCCUAUUUGACGACAUUGGUGGGUUGCCUAUGCUCGAUGGUUAA